AGCACACCGAACGACGACGUAUUUGCCAUUUGACACUACAGAGUCCAGUGGCAUUCUCGUAAAUCCUCGCGUUAACUGCAAAAUGGCGUUCCCUUCUCCUUUGUUUUCCAUCUAUCAUCAUAUUUGCACUCUUUAGCUCUGCACUGCCAAGCAAACCUUGCGCUCUUUCUCUGUCUCUCUCUCUAUAUCUUCGAUCUAGUGGUCUCUUCGAAUCUGGCUUGAUCUCCGACGAGUACUCGCGAUAAAAGCUUCUUAGUUCCUGCAAUCAAUCUUCGAAAAUGCCUCUCCGACUCGAAAUUAAGCGAAAACUUGCACAAAGAUCAGAGAGAGUGAAGUCUGUGGAUCUACAUCCUACAGAACCAUGGAUUCUGGCAAGUUUAUACUCUGGAACUGUCUGUAUCUGGAACUACCAAUCUCAGACCAUGGCAAAGUCUUUUGAGGUUACUGAGUUACCAGUUAGGUCAGCUAAGUUUAUUGCUCGCAGACAGUGGGUUGUGGCAGGGGCAGAUGAUAUGUUUAUUCGUGUAUAUAAUUACAACACAAUGGACAAAGUUAAAGUAUUUGAGGCACAUACAGAUUACAUUAGGUGUGUUGCGGUUCAUCCUACCCUUCCUUAUGUGUUGUCAUCAUCUGAUGAUAUGCUCAUAAAGCUUUGGGAUUGGGAAAAGGGUUGGAUCUGUACCCAGAUAUUUGAGGGACAUUCUCAUUAUGUCAUGCAAGUGACAUUUAAUCCUAAAGACACAAACACCUUUGCUAGUGCAUCUCUUGAUCGCACCAUAAAGAUUUGGAAUCUUGGCUCCCCUGACCCCAAUUUUACACUGGAUGCCCAUCAAAAAGGAGUGAAUUGUGUUGAUUACUUUACUGGUGGUGACAAACCUUAUCUAAUUACUGGUUCUGAUGAUCACACUGCCAAGGUAUGGGAUUAUCAAACCAAAAGUUGUGUCCAGACUCUAGAAGGUCACACACACAAUGUAUCUGCUGUAUGCUUUCAUCCUGAACUACCUAUAAUCAUUACUGGAUCUGAGGAUGGCACAGUGCGCAUUUGGCAUUCAACAACUUAUAGGCUGGAGAACACAUUGAACUAUGGCCUUGAAAGAGUUUGGGCUGUUGGAUACCUGAAGGGUUCACGUCGGGUUGUGAUAGGCUAUGAUGAAGGUACUAUUAUGGUCAAACUUGGUCGAGAAGAACCAGUAGCCAGCAUGGAUAACAGUGGAAAAAUAAUUUGGGCUAAGCACAAUGAAAUUCAAACUGUCAAUAUAAGGAGUGUAGGAGCAGAUGUGGAGAUUGCUGAUGGAGAAAGGUUACCGUUGGCUGUUAAGGAGUUGGGCACCUGUGAUCUCUAUCCACAAAGUCUAAGGCACAAUCCAAAUGGGAGGUUUGUUGUUGUUUGUGGAGAUGGGGAAUACAUUAUAUACACUGCUUUGGCAUGGAGAAAUAGAUCAUUUGGUUCUGCCUUGGAGUUUGCUUGGUCUUCAGAUGGGGAGUACGCUGUAAGAGAAAGUACGUCGAAGGUCAAAAUUUUCAGCAAAAAUUUCCAGGAAAAGAAGAGUAUCCGACCAACUUUUUCAGCUGAACGAAUAUUUGGAGGCACUGUAUUGGCAAUGUGCUCAAAUGAUUUCAUCUGCUUUUAUGAUUGGGCUGAAUGCAGGUUGAUUCGUCGUAUUGAUGUUAAUGUUAAAAACCUCUACUGGGCUGACAGUGGUGAUCUAGUGACAAUUGCUAGUGAUACGUCAUUCUACAUCUUGAAGUACAAUCGUGAUGUUGUUGCAUCAUAUUUAGAUAGUGGAAGCCCUGCGGAUGAGCAAGGUGUUGAAGAUGCCUUUGAGCUCCUACAUGAAAUGAGUGAACGCAUCAGGACCGGGAUCUGGGUUGGGGAUUGCUUUAUCUACAACAAUUCUUCUUGGAGGCUUAACUAUUGUGUUGGUGGUGAGGUAACUACAAUGUUUCAUUUGGACCGUCCUAUGUACUUGUUGGGAUAUCUUGCCAGCCAGAGUAGGGUCUAUUUGAUAGACAAGGAGUUCAAUGUUAUGGGAUACACACUACUUUUAAGCUUGAUUGAGUACAAGACACUUGUCAUGCGUGGUGACUUGGAAAGAGCCAAUGAAAUUCUACCAUCAAUUCCUAAAGAACAUCAUAACAGUGUGGCUCGUUUCCUAGAAUCACGAGGAAUGAUAGAGGAUGCUCUUGAGGUAGCUACUGAUCCUGACUACAGGUUUGAUCUAGCCAUUCAGCUUGGAAGAUUAGAGGUUGCCAAGGGUAUAGCCACCGAAGUGCAGAGUGAGUCUAAAUGGAAGCAAUUGGGAGAAUUAGCUAUGUCUACUGGAAAGUUAGAAAUGGCUGAAGAGUGUUUAAAAUACGCAAUGGAUUUGAGUGGAUUAUUGCUGCUAUAUUCUUCUUUAGGGGAUGCUGAAGGAAUAUCAAAACUCGCAACUCUUGCUAAAGAGCAAGGGAAAAAUAAUGUUGCAUUCCUUUGUUUAUUCACGUUGGGUAAACUUGAGGACUGUCUUCAAUUGUUGGUGGAAAGCAAUCGUAUUCCAGAGGCUGCUUUAAUGGCUCGAUCCUAUCUCCCAAGCAAGGUCCCAGAGAUAGUGGCAAUUUGGAGAAAAGAUCUCAGUAAGGUUAAUUCAAAAGCGGCAGAAUCAUUGGCUGAUCCUGAGGAGUAUCCUAAUUUGUUUGAUGAUUGGCAAGUUGCACUUGCUGUUGAAUCUAAAGCUGCAGAAACAAGAGGCGUUUACCCUCCUGCAUCAGAGUAUGUGAACCAGGCUGAUAAAUCACAUAUCACCCUUGUUGAAGCUUUCAGAAACAUGCAGGUAGAAGAAGAGGAUCAACCUCUUGAGAAUGGGGACUCUAUCCACGAGUUGACUGAACAUAAUGGGGAAGAGCACUAUCCAGAUGAGCGUGAGGAACAAAAUGGAGAGGAAGGAAGCCAAGAGGAGGCAGUUGUAGUGGAUGCCGAUUCUACGGAUGGUGCAAUCCUCAUCAACGGUAAUGAGGCAGACGAAGAGUAAGGUAAAAAUAAUGGAGCCCGAAAGUCUAAAAGCAUUGGGUUGGAGCCGCGCCAAAAUUGAAGCUUUAUCUCGGGUGAUUGCUUCUCAAGUGCCUAUUCUAACUCCCAUUUUGACAACUAGCUGCUUUUACCAUCAUUACUAUCACCUGAGUACCUGCAAUUCUCUUUUUGUUCUUUUCAAUGUACCAUACACUUUAUUACAACUAGGCUGUAUAUUUUGGGAAAUAGAGAGGAAGUUAUAAAAGUAUGUCCAUUUUCAGUAGACGGUGACCAAAUCUCAGAACACAUCACCAAUUUUUCCAUAAUUUUGUACGGCAAUUUGGCUUGGGAUUUUGUAACAUUUUGUUGCUUGAGCAAUCGUGGUAUAAUCCAUGCUAAACGUUUCCUGUAAACUUUUUGUUGUGCAAGGGAUGAUGAGGUCAAGAUAA